GCUUCCAUGGAGUUCAUAUGGGGAGGACGCAAGGAAAGAAAACUUGGUCCUAAAGGAAUCACACUACCCUGAAUCACUUCUCAUUUCUCCUUCCAUUUUCAAACCCCAACAAAAACCCUAGAAAUAGGAAAUAGGAUUCCAGUUAUUAUUAUUGUUUGUUAUUGAUCGCCUCAUUGAAGUUGCAGAGAGAGAAGAGAUGGAUGCAAAGAUUGGGAAAUUCUUUGAGUCGGUUGGUUCCUUCUUUUCAAGUGGAGAUGAACUCCCAGUUACAGAUCGUGAUAUCAUUGCGGGAUGCGAGAGAGAAGUUGUGGAGGAAGGAGCCAGUGUGAAGAGCGAAAGCAUAAUGAGGCUAUCUUGGGCUCUUGUUCAUUCAAAGCAUCCUGAAGAUGUGCAACGUGGAAUUGCGAUGCUGGAAGCUGCCUUGGAUAAUGCAACUAGCCCACUUGAAAAGAGAGAGAAGCUCUAUCUUCUUGCAGUGGGCCAUUACAGAAGUGGCGACUACUCUAGGAGCAGGCAACUUCUGGAGAGAUCAUUGGAGAUUGCUCCUGAUUUCAGACAGGCCUUGGCAUUGAAAAAGAUUGUCGAAGAUCAGAUUGCUAAAGAUGGCGUAAUUGGCAUAGGCAUUGCGGCCACUGCUGUUGGAGUCGUCGUUGGUGGACUGGCUGCAGCAUUGGCUCGUAAGAAAUGAAGGGAAAUGAAGGAGAGUUCACUUUCUUAAACUUGAAUAUAAAUAACAGAAAAAAAAAGGUGCCACUCCCAAAAAUAUUUUCUUUUCAAAGAUGUUUUGCCAGAUGCUGUUCAUACAUAAAAAAUAUCAUUUCACUGCAUAACAUUGCCAGUUUGUUAUCACUCUGCCCUUUUACUUGAAUCUGAUCAUGGAUUUUGGUUUCUAAGAAAUUUCAUCGAAUUUGUACGGAUCAGAACAAUCAUACCUAUGAUUCUUUCAUUUCCGUCAUUAUUAA